UAAGAUGGAAGACACAAAGUUAAGCAAAGCAAUAUAAAUGAAAACAAACUAAACCAAUAAGUAAAACGAAACUAAGCCACCAGGAUGAGGAAUCUCCACCACGAAGAAUCUCAAUUCAACAACAUGUGAAAUAUUCGGGCCAUCGAUUCAUAGUAGGCAGGCAUCUCAACACUAGUAUGCAAUUGGUGUAAAAUCUAUUACUAUAUCUAGGAAUCUCAACGCAUUAUAUAAUUGGGGUAAAAUCUAAAACUAUAUCUAGGAAUAUCAAAACUCUAUUAUACAAUUGGGGUAAAAUCUAAAACUAUUACUACGUUUACACGUAGCCUAUUCGCAAAUAAAAAUUAUUUGCAAUUAAUUAACUCACUGUUUAUAUGUCACAUUAGUUACAGAAAAUUCUUGGUUUUAUGAGAUGCCGGAUGGUAAAAUGUAAUUAUUUGGUAGCUCUUUUAUUGAAUAAAAUAUGAUACAUUUUUUAUUUUUUUAAAUGUAAAAAUUAUAGAAUCAAAAAUUCUUGUCCGUCUUGUCAAUCCAAUUAAUUCAAAAACGCAAUGAAAUAUUUAAAAAACAUCUUAAACUAAAAGCGUUAAAACAUAUGGCAAUGCUUAAUAUCUUAUUUGCAAAUAGGUUCGUAAAUCAGGAAUUGUUUUCGUGAGUUAGCUAUUCGCAAAUAAAAAAUUAAUUCACUGUUUAUGCGACAUUUUUUUCUAAUUGCAAUAUUUUUAUUUGCUAAUAAGCCGUGCGUAUAAACGUAGUAUUUAUUAACUUAAUCGGUAGCACUUGUGUUAAAAAUACCAAAAAAGUUAAACAAUAUGCAGUGGCGGCGUUACGUCUUUUUAAUCGUAUUUUCGGUGGGUUUCUGUGAGUUUCUUGGAGAUUUUAUUAUACUUUCGAAGUGUCAAUGGCCAAUAGGACACUCAGAAACAUUAGCGCAAGAUGAUGUCAAUGCCAAUACUUUGCAUGCAAUGAUAAUAGCUGAUACCCAUUUACUGGGUCCCAUAAAUGGACAUUGGUUGGAUAAACUAUAUCGUGAAUGGCAUAUGAGGCGGGCAUUUCAAGCUUCAAUGCUUGUGCAUAAACCCAACGUGGUUUUUGUCUUGGGCGAUCUAUUUGAUGAAGGUGACAUGGUAGAUCACGAUGAAUUCAAAGAGUAUGUCAGAAGAUUCCACAGCCAUUUUCAUGUGUCGCCCUCAAUACCCGUCAUUAGUGCUGUCGGUAAUCACGAUGUUGGUUUCCAUUAUAAAAUGCAUCCUUAUUUUAUUGAUCGAUUUGAGAGAAAUUUCAACAAUUCUGGAGUUCAACUGUACACAAUGCAUGGUAAUCACUUUAUAUUUAUCAAUUCAAUGGCCAUGGAAAAUGAUGGUUGCGAAUUUUGUGAAGGUGCUAUAAAUGAAUUGAAAAACACAGCAGAUAAGUUAAAUUGUCUUAAAAGUCCAAAGGAUUGUACCGAUAUCAAAACUCUUGAAAACCACCAACAUUAUAGUCGUCCCAUAGUUUUGCAACACUUUCCCACAUAUCGAGCAUCAGACAAAUCAUGUAGGGAACAUGAUGCUCCCCAUAUCGAAGAAUACCGUGAGAAAUGGGAAGUUCUAUCUAAAAAUUCUACAGAUUGGUUGGGAAAACUACUGCAUCCUCGUUUAUCGUUUGCCGGUCAUACUCAUCAUUAUUGCUAUUCCAUCAAUCGCUGGGGUGUAGAAGAGUAUACAGUGGCUUCAUUUAGUUGGCGAAAUAAAAUUAAUCCCAGCUUUCAAAUGGUUUCUCUUACUCCAACAACCCAUGCAGUAUUGAAGUGUGAUAUACUAGAGCAGCAAUUAGUUUAUAAUACUUAUAUAGUUUCCGUUGUUGUUUUUAUGUUUUUAUUUAUUUGGGAUUGCAUACAAAUCUUACAAAAUCUAUGUCUUAAAUCAAAAACAAAGAAUAAAAUAAUUUAGUUUUUAUAAUCGAAAAUUGAAUUCAUUUAUACUGAAAUUUUAACAAAAGUGUACUGUUUCGGAAAAUACAGGUUUAUGCUUCACAAUUAGCACAAAUAUCGCUCAUAAACAGUAAUUGGAAGUCUAAAUUUUAAAAAUUCUCAGUUAAAAACUUUACCAUUUUAUUGCUACAAACACAAGAAUAAUGUAAUUUUUUUUAGUUUAGUAAGGAUAUUUUGAUACAACAAUACAGAAAAACAAAAAAAAAAUUGUUUUAUAAUAUUUGUCUUUAUUUUUGCAAUAAUUUUGACAAAAUGGUGAAUAUAAUCUGAUUUGAAAAAUAUAAAAA